AUGGCAGAAAAUAAUUCGACAUCAGAUCCUUUAGGGUUAGAAGGUGGCGAUAACGUCUUGCAGCUAAAUGUUCCUUUUUCUAGUCAAGUUCAAUUACCAAAUCAUCUAUCAGAUAGUAAAGGUAAUAAAGUCACAACAGUCCAGCCGUCGUCAAUUAUUCCUGUUAAUGAUGGUGGUAGGUUUGAUCGAGAUCCUGAUGUACUCUUUCCUCCACCUCCAUAUGACAGGAAUGAAGUAGAGAAUGACUGCCAAUCACGAAGUAUAAGUCGGGCAAGUCGAGCUAGUCGAGCUAGUCGUGCUAGUCGUGCUAGUCGUGCUAGUCAAGCGAGUUCGUGGAUGACAACGGCUUCGAAGGCUAAUCAAUACCAACAAGUACGGCAUGUGAUGCUUAAUAAAAAUAUAAAUUGGUCUGGUCUCUCUUGUAUUCAGCGUAAAAGUGACAUUAUUCCCAUCCAAGAAAAUGAAGGCGCUGAUGAUACUUAUUUACCUAACUACGAAGAAGCUACAACAGUUCAAGCAUGGAAAAAAGUAGCCAAGUUUUGGGGCUCUUUCAAUAAAGUUUAUGGAUCAAAAGCCAAUAAAAUUCUUCGGGGUAUCCAUUUUUUCUAUUUUUGGGUAGCAUUAAUAUUUCCAGUGGUAGAAUUUGCAAUUAAACCAGAAAAUUUUGCAUUUAACAUCACUACUAUAACAUUUUCAGUAGUUUUUGCUGGCUUAGCAGUAGCUGAUCUAGUCAUAACAUACCGUAAAACUGAUGACGAAGUUUUUAUGAGGAAAUUUCAAUUUGUACAGCGAAUUGCUAAUAUUUUUGCAUUAUAUCAACCGAUCAUAUGUGAUGUAAUGGCUUUUGUGGUUGAGAAAUAUUUUAGGGGGAAAAAUUGGUAUGAUAGUAUCUAUACAAUCUUGUUAGUUUACGCUAUACUUGAAUUUUUUGCAUUGGUGGGUGAGCUACUAUUUAUGUUACACAAACUACUGAAAGACUUUCAUAGUCGACAUCCUGCUGCAAGUACUACUGGAAUCUCACUUGGCAUUCCAUUCGGCUUUCGUUUAUUUAUCGCCUUUAUUAUGAAUAUUGCCGUAUUUAUUGUUAUGAUAUGUGCAUUUGGUAUUGAAGCCUACGAGGAAAAUUUAGCAAGUGAAAAUUAUCGGACGACGCAUACAAGUAGAUUUAUGAUUUUUAUGAUCAUCAUUAUACCCUGGCUUAAUCUGUUACUUUUUAUAGCCAUGAAUUCACAGUGCUAUUAUGAAGUACUAUUAAUCUUAUGUAUGGAUGAAGUUAUUGAUGAAGGGGGCGAUGAGGCUGAAGAAAUGACAGAGCGAAAAGAAGACUAUCUUAAAAUGGAUAAAGCCAUUCGCUUCUUUGAUUACAUUACCGAUUCUUAUGUUCUUUUAACUUUAUUAUCAUUAUGGUACCUCCUACUAUGGAUUUACUUCAUUGUGGUUGUAGGUAUACCACGAAAUGCGUUUCCAGCUUUACUGAUCCUUACAUUAAUAGUUCUCUCCAAUCCGACUGCGUUUAUUUAUGCUUCAACCACUAUCAUUUAUAAUAUUAAUAAAUUAUUGAUCUACAGUAUACUAUUAUGUCGAAAAUCACAUGAUAAUACUGACGAAGAUCCCGAGGAUCCAACCAGACCGAGAAAAAUACAUAAUUGUUGCGACUGCCUCUUUGCUUUACCUGUAUAUAUUACUUAUUAUUUGCUCAAGAUAUUGGAAUAUUUUCAUAGGCUAAUAGAAGACCAAGAUGCAGUUCUUCGAGUUCCCGCUGUAUUUACUGAGUGUUGUAAAUAUUCUAGUCUUGCUUAA